AUGGCAGAAACGCAAGUACAAAACCCUGCGCCAAAUUCUGCCCAAGCACAAGACUGGGACCGUUGGUGGAAUCCUGCUCCAUUAAUAUUGGGCGCUAGUGGAUUUUUGUCCAGCGGGCUUUGCCCGCCGUCUUGUUUGCAGUGGCCACGAGCUCGCGAUGGUCAUGCAGAGGGUGAAAGGCAGGACGAACACCAAGAAAAUUGUAUUUCUCUCAAGAGGGCAAGGGAGGAAUGGAAGGACUGCGUUAGUCAGGACGUCGCAAUCGGUCUCGCUCAGCUUGCCCUAUUGAGCAUUUCAAGUAAUGCAAACCUAUUCACCCUUGGGCCACUCGCAACGAUGUUUUUCGCGAUAUCAAGCCUCGCUGCACUGCAAAGCUUCAUCACUGCCGUCGGGCUCUUGUAUAUCAUGAAAGGCGCCGACAUAUCUCUCCCAAAUGCUGGAACAUGUUACCUUGCGACCGCUCUAUUCAAAGUGCCUUGGCUGGCAUGGCUAGUAUCAAUCGCGUUCAAUCUCUGUAUGAUGGCCAGUGUGGUCUGGCACUCUGGGUGGAAGGACGCGGUUAUUGUGUUUAUCGUUCUCUCCACCAUCGGCGUAAUUGCCACCAUAGUGUUACGUUGGCUGAGCACAUACGCAUUACCUGCCACGGUCCACGGCAAUAACUCCGAUUCUAUGGCCCUUCAAGUGACAUCCCAACCAUGA